CAUACACACUCAUAACCUGCUGACAAUCACCAAGGCAACUCAUUGUAUAUUUUCUAAAGUUAUUUGAACUUAUUUGAGAUGAAAUGUGUAUUAUGUACUUGCACUUUGAUGAACGCUCUCUCUCAUCAUCUCAAAAUGCAGUUCAUGACGUUCCUUUAUGUGGAACCUCCAGUGUUCUACAGAGGGAGGAGUGACCCCAUAAGCCCCAUCUCCACCCAAGGGUAUUGUGUAACUGGUGUGUGUGUAUCUCUAAGGGGCAGGGGGUAGAGAUGGUAGCAGGUAGCAGCUUGUGUGUGUAUGGGAGGGUGGUGUUUAUGUAAGCCCAUGCUCUACAGUAUAUAUAGGAGUGAGAGGCAGCAAAGAAAAACAGAUAUUAUAUUCUGUCCUUUAUAAUUAAUGAUACUGACCCUGCUCUGCUGUAGCCAUGACGACCAUACUGCUGAGAGCACUAGGAGCACUGCUCUGCUCCUUGGUUGUCACCGCUGAGGUUAUGCCCCAAGGAGACUUCAAUCUACAAGGGGUGGCAGGAAAAUGGUACCUGGUUGGAUUUGCCACUAAUGCCCAGUGGUUCAUCAACCACAAGGCCAGCAUGAAGAUGGGCACCGCCAUACUGACACCAACUGCUGACGGAGACCUGGAAAUGGCAUAUGCUAGGCGGAACGCUGAUGGCUCCUGCUGGAGAAUGAACCACCUGGCCGAGAAGACAAACCUUCCGGGGAAAUUCAUCUUGAAGUGCAAGCGCUGGAAUAAUGAAAAUGACAUGCGUGUCGUUGAUGUUAAGUAUGACGAGUAUGCUCUUAUUCACACCAAGACCAAGGGUGUUUCAGCUGUGCUCACCAACCUGUAUGCCCGUGGGACAGACCUGAGCCCUGACCUGCUGCAGAAGUUUAGGCAGUUCUCCCUGGACACUGGCAUAAUGCCUGAAAACAUCGCUAUCCUCCCCAAAAACGAUGAGUGUCCUGCUGCGUAAUUUCAUCCAUGUUUUUUACUUUCAAAACAUGCUCCCUUGAUCCGUCUGCAUGGCAUUGCUACUCGAUGGGUAGACCCAUGGCAACUGUGGCAACCAUGAACCUCCUUUAGCUCCAGGGACCCAUCAGGCUCCGCCUUAACCUGUAGCUGAAUUGCCUACUGACACCCAGUGUAGCUGUAACCUCUGUUAGUUUCUCACUUCCCUGACUUGCUCCAAUGAAAUACUGUCUAGUGCUUUUUCAGUUUGUCAGUCAUUUUACUCUUCAGAUGACUAGAAUAUGUUGGGUAUUUAAUACCUCUGAUCCUAAGAUGUAAUGUAAGCUGCUUCAGAAGUGUAAAUUAAUCAAAUGUAAUAUAAACCCAGCUCUAAAAGCAACCUUGGUGUACCAUCAUUCUAUUGAAAAUGUUAUCCUACUCCUUGCAGUUAUUAGCUGACAAUUACAUACAUGUUGGUCAAUUA